UCUUCGUGGCCUGACGCUCACUGGGUGACUAGCCUGCUGGAUGUGGUCAGUGGUCGGUAGACUGUGGUCAGUGGACGGUAGACUGUGGUCAUUGGACGGUAGACUGUGGUCAGUGGACGGUAGACUGUGGUCAGUGGUCGGUAGACUGUGGUCAGUGGACGGUAGACUGUGGUCAGUGGACGGUAGACUGUGGUCAGUGGACGGUAGAUAGUGGUCAGUGGACGGUAGUUUGUGGUCAGUGGACGGUAGUUCUAUUGAGAUUGUGGUCAGUGGACGGUAGUUCUAUUGAGAUUGUGGUCAGUGGACGGUAGUUCUAUUGAGACUGUGGUCAGUGGACGGUAGUUCUAUUGAGACUGUGGUCAGUGGACGGUAGUUUGUGGUCAGUGGACGGUAGUUCUAUUGAGACUGUGGUCAGUGGACGGUACUUCUAUUGAGACUGUGGUCAGUGGACGGUAGUUUGUGGUCAGUGGACGGUAGUUCUAUUGAGACUGUGGUCAGUGGACGGUAGUUCUAUUGAGACUGUGGUCAGUGGACGGUAGUUCUAUUGAGAUUGUGGUCAGUGGACGGUAGUUCUUCUAGGACUGUGGUCAGUGGACGUCAGUUUGUGGUCAGUCACUCCGGCCUUUUCUGUGAUGUUUAGGUGAACGUCGAGCAGAUAAGUUGUGAGAUCUCCAGUGAUGAAAGUGAUAAGUCAGAUAGUUGUCUCUAGCGAUGUUUGUUGCUUGGCCACAAGUUAGGUAAACAUGAUGGAAUGUGUGGCGUGAUGGCCGCGCCCCAUUUGUCAGACGGUUCAAAAAGUAUUUGAACAAGAAAGAUUCUGCCCUACUGCCGUGUGUUAGGGCGCCACCUGAAGAUUCUGCCCUACUGCCGUGUGUUAGGGCGCCACCUGAAGAUUCUGCCCUACUGCCGUGUUAGGGCGCCACCUGAAGAUUCUGCCCUACUGCCGUGUUAGGGCGCCACCUGAAGAUUCUGCCCUACUGUCGUGUGUUAGGGCGCCACCUGAAGAUUCUGCCCUACUGUCGUGUGUUAGGGCGCCACCUGAAGAUUCUGCCCUACUGUCGUGUGUUAGGGCGCCACCUGAAGAUUCUGCCCUACUGUCGUGUGUUAGGGCGCCACCUGAAGAUUCUGCCCUACUGCCGUGUGUUAGGGCGCCACCUGGCGGCCAUGUUCGUCACACGUAGGAAACUCAAGCUGCUGACUGUAGCCGGCGUGUUCGCCCUGUUCUACUUCUACAUCCUCUUAUCCAGUAGCAGCAUCGAGAGCCUCCUGCUCAGACCUCGCUCGGACACGCUGACCAGCAACCACAGCCACCGCCUCUCCCCCUUCGAGGGCCCCGUGGAUGACCUUCUGGGGGAGAAGAUCAAGGUCACCCUGCGGCCGUCUCGUCGCGGGGAGACCACGCCCCAAGAGAACCCGUUUGAAGGGUUCAGGGAGAGUGACGUCAUGGACGCUGAGGUGAUAGAACUGGACAGGAAGUCCAGGGGAGGCAAAAAAAUUGGGCUGAGACUAGGUCAGGGGGGCAGGCACAAGCAGGAGUCUCAAGAGAACAUCGUCAACGUGCUGGGGGGCGGGGAGAACAGCUUCCGCCGGCACAAGGGAGAACACGUGCCACGACGUCAGCCCGGGAUAGUGGAGCCCCACCCAGACAUUCUCAACACGGAGGACGCCGACAAGAGCAGGACUUGGCACGAGGACACUGAGAUCAUUUUCACGCCCUUAAAACAGAAAAACGUAUCGGAGACGGACUCUUGUUUUGUUGUGGAUAAGAACAAAAGCUAUCCUGACGUCACAUUUCCGUUUUAUGUCAAGAAGGGUGAGCCGCAGGACGCAGGUGAGUACGGGCGACAGGUGGUAAUACCACGUGACAACCAGACCCGGGAAGACAGGAUCCUGCAGGAGCGAGAGUACCAGGUCAACUACUUCAACGAGCGGGUCAGCAGGCUCAUCUCAGUACACCGCGCCCUGCCUGACAACAGAGACUCCAGAUGUAGAGAAACUCCCCCCGAUCUGCCCGCUGCCUCUGUGCUAAUUGUCUUCUACAACGAGGCUUGGUCAACUCUACUGCGCAGUAUCCACAGCGUCCUUGACCGAACACCUCCACAUCUGCUGGAGGAGAUUAUCCUGCUGGAUGACUUUUCUAACAUGGACCACCUGAAAGAGCCGCUGGAGGCGUACGUCCAACCACUAGAGAAAGUGAGGCUGAUCAGAGCCAAAGAGAGGCUUGGCCUCAUUCGGGCAAGGAACACGGUGUUUGAGUUCGCCAAGGCCAAGGUCGUCAUAUUCCUGGACUCACACAUCGAGUGUUUUGCAGGCUGGAUCGAGCCCCUGUUGGCGCCCAUCCAAGCAGACUUCCGGUGCGUCACGUUCCCCACCAUCGAGUACAUCAACCCCUCCACAUUCGGCACCGGCAUGAGCACGUCAGCCCGACAGGUCGGGGGUCUGAACAUCAACACCCUACAGUUCAACUGGCUCUACGAGAGGAAGCGGAACUCUACUGACACCAUCAGAAAUAUUCCGUCUCCGACGAUGCCUGGUGGUCUGUACGCUGUGUCACGUGACUGGUUCCAGACACUCGGGAAAUACGAUCCUGGCCUGGACUUCUGGGGAGGGGAGAACAUUGAAAUCUCUUUUAAGGUGUGGAUGUGUGGUGGUUCCAUCCUGCUGGUUCCAUGCUCUCAUGUCGGUCACGUGUUUCGAUUGAGGAACCCAACCCUGUCUGGGGUUGUGCUGACCUACAAGAACGUGGUUCGUGUGGCCGAGGUCUGGAUGGACGAGUACAAGCACUUCUUCUACGAGAGGUUCGCCUACAACAUUCCAGAGUAUGGUGACGUCAGCGCUAGAAAACAACUGAGAAAGUCCCUGGAGUGUAAGGAUUUCUUCUGGUACCUUCGCAACGUGUUUCCAGAGCUGAAGAAAGACAUGGACGUCAAAAGCAUUUACUCAGGGGAGGUGAGGAACUAUGCUGUCAAUGCAUGUCUGAACCGCCUGAGAGAGUCUGGCAUAGGACUAGAAACCUGCAGACAUACAUCCAUAUUCCAGCAAUGGCGGCUAACAUCAGACGGACGCCUGGCCUCCGGCGACAUGCUCAUUGGCAUCAAGACUGAGAACAAGAACGGUGCCGAUAGACAGACCCUGGGCACGUUUAAACUUGACCAGCACGCCAGCGGUAUCAUUGCUAUCCUCUGGACCUACGACAAAGACCAGCGUAUCGUGAACCAGAAGACGGGCCAGUGCUUGCAGGCUGACCCGCUCCUCAAGAGUGUCAUGCUGGCCCAGUGCUCCACCCAGACCAACAAACAGAAGUGGAUCUUCACCACAAGGAAGGAGAGACAGAAAUUCCUGAGGGAGCACGUCUCCAUUGACUGGAGCAUGUGAUGCGGGAACUAGACACCUCGCGUUCUUGACGUCAUACGGCGCGAGAACUAGGCUUCACACGUACAUGACGUCAUACGGAUGUGGAGUGUGUGACGCGAUAACUAGACACCACAGGUUCUUGACGUCAUACAAAUGUGGAGACUAUGACACGAGAACCAGGCACCACACGUACAUGACGUCAUACGGAUAUGGAACGUAUGACGUGAGAACUAGGCUCCACAUGUAUAUGACGUCAUACGGAUGUGAAGCGUAUCCGCGAGAAAAGGGCUCCAAACGUUCCUGCCGUCAUACGGAUGUGUACAUGCUUCAGUCGCCAGAUAAAGUGUCUAGUCCUAUAAUUCAUUUAGAAUCCAAAGACUUCAUGUUUGUUUUGAAAAUAUGCAUCUGUUGUAUACUGAUGACAUCGUAUGCAUAUACAACACAAAAUGGGUGGUAGUUGAUCAUUUUGUUUAGCCUAAUUGUGUUAUAGGAUUGUGUUAUAAGAUUGUUUAAAAAGUAAUGUUGUAUAACAAUGCCUUUGAUAUUCUUUACUUUCAUUUUUACAAGUUGUACAAGCAUUUACUUAACUCUAGUCCGUGCAUUUAUCUUUCGUGGUUCGUACGUCAUGAUUCGGAGCGUGCUAACGAAAUCUCCACCAUUUCCAACGAACCGAUUUCUUUCAAACUUGACACUAAGUCAAGACCUGGGGGCAGUGCAAUAAGUCAUGCCUUCGCCUAAUUAGUUGUUUAAUCAAUUUGCUUUUAUUUAAUUAGUUUGCUAUGCAGAGAGUUAUCUUUCCGCGCUAUUACAAUAUAAUGACACACAUUCUGCUCUGUGCGUUCAGAUGGUGCUCGCGUGGUCAUGCUUUGAUUCUCUUCUAACAACUAAAUAAAUAAAUAAAACGUUUGCAGUAACGGGCUUUUAUUUAAUGACUAUUAAUAAGAAAAUAAAAUGACUUUCCUUAAAUCUAAUAUUAGUAACAAUGCAUUUUUUUAGCAAAAAAAAAAAAAAUAGCGCGGGUCAUAUAUGGAAUUGAACAAUUAUGGACAAUAGGCACAUCUCUAAAUAUAAAUACGCUUACAAAAGAGAAUCGCGCACAACUGGUAAUAAAAUAGUGUUAAAUGUGGAUAGUAUUAAAAACAUUUACAACUGAAUACCUGUAUACUAAAAUUGUAUAUUUACAGUUGUAUAAUAAGGUCUAUUGUGAAAUUUAAAGAAAAUCAUUUAUUUUCUUCUUUUAAUGCAAAAAUAAAAACUUUUUGCUAUUAACGUUUUUGAAUAUUUAUUAUUUUCCACUUUAAAAAUGGACGCAAGUGGCGUGCGUAUCUUUAAUGAUAAUUAACAAAAUAAGACACCUGUAAUCAAUGGAAAUGUAAUAUUAAGUUCUUCAUUUGUGACCUUUUUCCUGUGACUUCUUUUCCUUUGACUUUUUUCUG